CUCAAAUACUUUCCACCAUCAUAUUAGGGUUUCCUCUGUCUAUUUUAGAGGCUAUCGCUGCUAGUGUGAGGUUAGAAAGCAACAUAGUGAAUUCAAGUAAAACCACAGGAAUAAUGUCUGAUAAAAAAGCUGGCGAAAGGAAACCGUCAAGCAACAAGAGCAUUAGGAAGCUACGUGCUGCAAACAUGGUGUGCAGCCUGACGAGCAGUUGGCAGCAGUGGGUGACGGAGAACGAGAAGAAGCAAGCCAGCGAGCCCAGUGGCUGGGCUCCGUCGUCCAUUGGGGGACAACCGGAGGAACACAAAAACAAGUGGACACCCAAAAAGUCUCUUCCUACACAAACUCUCCUAACACCUGAGAGCCAUGCAGGGAGUCAAAUAUCACCACCUCAAGGAGCUCCCAUCAGUGAGGGUGUUCAGACCUCAGAGGAGGCGCUUCUGCCAUCUCGCAUCAGAAUGAAGCAGGUAGUGAAGACCGUGUCCAGCAGCAUUCAGGAGAAAUGCACAGGUGUCACCUUCCUGGCUGAGAAGAUGAAGAGGGAAUCUCUUCCAUCAGGUGAAGAGAUUGACCGAUUCUUGAAGAAGAAGAGCUCCCCAACACGCCACAGGAAGUGUUCCAACAUGGUGUCCUCUUUGACAAAAAGCUGGAAGCAGGUGGAGAAUGAGCAGAAGCUUGGAAAAGAAGGAGGUGGACCAGGAGAUGGUCACAGCUGUGGGCAGGACAAAGGAGGCAGAGAGAAGGAGAAGAACAGAAUAAAUGAGCAAGAUGCUCAGACUGGUUCAGAAGCAGGGGAACAAGGUGACUCUGAGAAGGACUCAGUGAGGAUAAAAAGACCCCAAGUCUCAAUAUACAAAAAGGAAGCUGAGGAUGCCAACAAGAUCAAUGCCCUUUCCAAGAAACACAGCACUGUUGGAAACCUGAAGAGCCGCUGGCAAAACUGGGCCGUGGAGCACACAGUUAACCAGAAACUGAAUCCCUUCAGUGAAUACUUUGACUAUGAUUACUCAAUGUCGCUACGCCUGCAGAAGGGCAAGGACGGUUAUGGACAUCCAAAGGAGGGUACAAAAACCGCAGAGAGGGCCAAAAGAGCCGAGCAGCAUAUCCACCGUGAGAUAGACGACAUGUGCUACGUGAUCAGGACAAUGGCUGAUCCGGACCCAGACGGAAAGACCCGCAUCACAUUCGGAGAGCUUUUUGACAGAUACGUUCGGAUCUCUGAUAAGGUGGUGGGGAUUCUGAUGAGAGCCCGGAAGCACGGGAAGGUGGCGUUUGAAGGGGAGAUGCUGUGGCAAGGCCAGGAUGAUGGCGUCAUUAUUACCCUGAUGGUCUGAUGGUUACACCUGAUGUCAGGAAGAGCAGAUUUCCAGAAACUUACAGGUUACAGAGACUGAAAAGACUUUUGGAUCUAUCAUUGUAGAUUACCUCAGUUACAUUUGCUGCUAUUUUGAGUAGAUACUUGAAUAUUUUUAUUUUCUGUUAGUGUUGUGAGAUAACCUGAGAGUACCUGCAAUACUUUAAUACUUUGACUCCGCAGAGUUUAAGCCCAACAUUUUGACUGCUGAAAUCUGCAUUUCGAAUUCCUCAGAGACUCUCAUUAGUCUUUUGCACUUUAUUUACUGCUUUCUGUUUGUUAACGAGACAGUAGAGAAUCGAUAAAGAAGUUUACCCGUGCCGUAUUCAACAAAUUAAUUUUAUUUUAUUUUCUUUAAUGUCACUGGAUUUGCCUUUAACUCAGCCUUACAAUGUAUCAGCAACAAUACAAGGGAUCAGUGCUGAUCACUUAGGUUCUUUUGUUCUGAGGUGGUGACAAUCACAGCUAGCAGGCAAAGUUGAUUCCAGGAUUUGUUCUAUUGUUCAAAAACAGCCACUGUAAAUCUAAAAUGUUACUGAACCUCAACCUGGAUCACUAAAAUAUGUAGGAAUGAGUUAGAGGAAUGCAAAUUAUAAACUCAUUUAAUAAACAAUUACUUUACUAAUAUUUAAAACUAUGACUUUUCUGCCAUUUCAUGUAUUUACUAUUACGUUUCAAAAAUAAAGCAACAAACUUGUCACUCAAAUAGCAACAAAAGAUAAUAUUUAUCAUUCAUUCAUUUAUCAUCUACACCUACCUAUUCUUGCUAGUUUGCAGGGGAGUCAAGAACCCAAACAUGAGCAGGGAGAACAUGCAAGCCCGAUGCUGUAAGAGAGCAGGUCAGGAUUUGGCUUCCAGGCAACAGAGCUAACAACUGCAUCACCAUGCAUCCCAUAAUGUUCAGCCAUAAAAUAUAUAUUGUGACUUGCAUUUAUCCUUUUUUUCAAAACUAAGCCUUCCAUUCAAUAAAUGUUUAUUUAUCUGUUAUACUUUAAUGUAAAAUGCAACCAGAUUAUUGAAAUGUAACAGGUCUUCUGCAAUAGGUGUUUUCCAUCCUAACUGUAAUUCUAACAUUUGAAAAGGGUCUACAGAACUGGUUGUUAAACUUCCAACAGAAAGUAGUAUCAUGGUGAAUACCAUAUGUACAGACAUAUUAAAAACACUUUAUUAGUUUGAUGUCUCAUGUCAUUAAACUAAACAAAAUAAACACUCCACCACCAGUAUCAGGAUCCCGGGGGGAGAAGACUUCUCUAAUUCUAACCCUAAGAUGUUCA